AUGGUUUCACUCAAAGGAAAAGAUGAAAAAAUCCAGCAGCGCCUCUUAGAAGCAUUUAAUCCCUUAAAUGAAAGCAAAAUUCUUAAAGGGCCUUUAAUAGACCCUCUCAACUGUGAAAUUAUUAAUCAAUGUGGCUUAUCUUCUAUGAUGCUGGAAGCAUAUUAUCGUCAUGUUGAAUACAUGAAAGCUUCUGUAGGAGCUAAAAACUUAAAAUCUGCAAUAACGCAAAAUGCUCUGAGAUUCUAUCGAGAUCUAUUUGAAGUCACAAUUACUAUUAUUGCCUGCAUGCUUUAUGUUAUAGGAACUUAUUAUGAAGACUCACAUGCAGAUUUAUUUCAGGUAAUUGACACGAUUGUGGCGACGAUUUUUUUAAUGGACUGGAUAUGGCAGUUUUUCUAUGCACAAAAUAGAGUUGAGUAUGCUUUUUCAAAAAUGUCUAUGGUAGAUUUAUUAACAAUUAUCCCGGUUUAUGUUGAAUUGAUUUUAUUUGGGUUUCAUUUCAACCUUAAUUUUCUAAGGGCUCUUAGAAUUUUAAGGAUUGUGAGGGUUCUUCGCAUGUUUAAGGCUCUGAAUGAAAAGGAAGAGGUUGAUGGGAAGCAAUUUUUAUCGAGUGCAGUUGACGUUUCUGGAUUUAACAAGCAGAUGGUCAGCACAAAUCCAACCCCUCUACUGCCAUGGGAUCCUUGAUCCUAUCUAUACUGAAAUAACUCAUAAAAAUUGUCUUGCAUAUACACACAAUACUAAUUAUACAAAUUACCCCGUAUAAGCUAUUUUAUUUUAUAUGAUAUGGGGUGAAGGUAGGGGGACCUGUGCUUCACCAAGCAGGUUCUUAUUCUUAUUAUAUCUAUUUUUUCAGUAAUUUUUAUAGGCGCAGGACUAGCAAAUGGGCUAAAUUCUCUCCAAUCAGAUUCUUUUAAACUAAAUGCAGGAGAGUUCGAUUUUUUAACUGCACUUUAUUAUACUAUAGUAACAACUUCAACAGUCGGUUAUGGUGACAUCUUUCCACAGCGAACAGCUUCAAGAAUGGCUAUUUUGUUUAUGAUUUUAGCUAUGGCAUUCAUUCUAAGCGACCAAUUAUCAAAAAUGUCUCAGCUUGUCAGCAAUUAUUCAAAAUACGAUAGAAAAUACCAUCUUGUUGAUCAUAUAAUAAUUGGUGGAUAUUACACCCCAUCAUCUAUAUAUCAAUUCUUAAGCCAAUUUUACCACCAAGACCAUGGAAAAAAUAAUCACCGAUGUGUUAUAAUUGGUUCUAAUUACCCUAGUGAUGAUAUUUUAAAGCUUAUUAAUAGCAGCAAAUAUGAAGAAAAAAUAUGCUACUUACUCCCUCCUUUUGUGAGCGAGCAAAACCAUUGGAAAAAUCCCAUAUUUUUUGCUCUCAAAAACCCACCUUUCGUGAGCGAAUAAAAAUGUUUUAAAUAGUUUAUAAAAAAAAUCGAUAUAUAAAUGAUAAUUAUUAUAAAGAAAUUUCGAGCUAAUUCUGGUUAAUUUCAAACAACUUGCAUUUUAAAAGAUAGUUUUUGCAAAUUAAAUUAAUUUUUACUUCUCAAAUUUUACAAAUUAGAAUUUAUUUAAAUUUCGAAAAAAAAAUACUAAAAACUUUAUAUAUAAAUUUUUUUCAACAAAAAAAAUUAACCGCCUACGUGAGCGACCAAAAUUUUUUGUUCAAACGGAGGGGGGAGUUAGAAGGAGACAUCUCCAAUCCUGCCACCCUUGAAAAAGCAAAUGCUCAUAUGGCUGACUCUAUCUUCAUUUUGACCAAUCAGCAUAGUCCCCAUCCUGAUGCAGCUGACAUAAAUGCAACUAUUGUGACGAAAAUGAUUAAGCAUUAUUAUCCCUAUUCUCACACUUAUUUGCAGCUCGUCAAAAAUCACCCAGACUCCACAAUGGAUUAUUCGCCAUGACACACAGUUAUCUCAAUACAAGAUAUAAAAAUGAGUAUCCUUGGGAUGUCAGUUUAUAAUAAAGGUUUCUCUACCGUUAUUACUUCAUUGUACACAACAUCUAAUUCGAAAGUCCCAAAAGCUUAAUAAUCCCCCCUUCUCUGUGAGCAAACAAAACCAUUAGAAAAAUCCCUAUUUUUUACCCAGAAACCCACCCUCCAUGAGAGAACAAAAAUUUUUUUAUGAAAAAAAUAAUUGAUAUAUAAGUGAUAAUUAGUAUAACGAAAUCUAUAGCUAAUUCUGUGCAAUUUUAAACAAAUUGCGUUUAAAACAUAAAUUUUAUAGAUAAAAUUAAUAUUUGCUUUUCAAUUUUCGCGAAAAAAAAAAUUUCUAUGAAAUUUAUAUAUAUAUUUUUUUUAAAAAAAAGUUAAUCCCCCUCCGUGAGCAAACAAGAUUUUUGCUUGCUUAGAAGCAUCUUGGCUGCAUAAGGCAACUCAAGGGAUUGGAAAAGAAGUCUAUUGUGUCCAAGCGUCAGAAUUUUUUUUUGGAAAAAUGUUUUACGAUGUCGUAAAAUUUGUAUAUAAAAAUAUCAAUGGGAUUUUGGUCAUUGGGGUGAAGUCAAAAUAUUCCAAGGAUAAUAAAGGUGUCAUAAUUAAUCCUUGCAAUUAUAGAAUUGCUAACGGAGAUAUGCUUUUUGUAAUUGCAGAUAAUCAGAAAGCAGCUGGUUAUAUUUCUUCGUAUUUUUCGACUGAUGAAAAUUAUGAGGAGAGUGAAAAUAGUAACAGAUUGUCAGCACUUGAGCAAGCAUUUCUGGGAAUGAAGCUAAAGGAUAACACUUAUAAAUCUAUGCUGGAAAAAGGGAAAAUUUAUUCACUGUGGAAGGAUAAUUUAAAUGGGUUGGUAUCGCACCAUAUAAUUGUGAUUGGAGAUAUUGAAGGUUUUCCGAAUAUAGUGCAGUCACAGCUAUAGCCUGAGCCAAAAGGAGCUCUGCUUAUAUAGUUUUAAAUUGAGUUUUCACCAUGCUGAUGGCUUCAUUUACUUAUAUUGAACCUUAAAAAUAAAUUGGCUCGAUACCAAAUUUAAAAUGAUAGAUUUCAAUUUAUUUCUGGUUUAUCAUUUUAAAACCGGCUGAUUAAGAUUAAACAAACUUAAGCUAUAUUAGCUUUCUUGCUAUAUAUUGUUAAAGCCUUAAGAUCUUAUUCUUAUCAGCCCAUUUGCUUGAUAAAUAAUUCUGAGCCCUCUUCUGAAUGAGCAAAAAUAACUGAUCUGUGCCCUAACUUAUAUUAUUUUAAAGGUAACAUGCUAAACCAUCAAGACCUAUACAUGGCUGCUAUUAGUGAUUGCAGAUGUGUUGUCAUUUUAACUCAAACUGAUAAAAACAACUCUUCGUUAGACUCCAAAGCUAUUUUAUGUAGCCGACUAAUAGAUGUCAGCUUUCCAAAUACACAAAUUCUUGUCGAACUUUCUGAUGAAAACAGUGUGAAAUUCUUAAGCAACCGUCCUCAAGGGGAAUUUUCAAAAAUGCAUUAUUAUACUUGACCUCAACACCUGUCAGGAGGCUGCUUUUUUGCAAACUAUUUACUCCCCCUCCAUGAGUAAACAAAAAUAUUUUGUUCAUUCAAGAAGGGAGUUAAUUUUUGUUUCUAAAAAAUUUAUAUAAUUUUUUUUUCAAAAUUUAAAUAAUCCCAAUUGGUAAAAUUAAUUUAAUUUACAAAAUUUAUGUUUUAAAAUGCAAGCAGUUUAAAAUUCAACAGAUUAGCUAGAGAUUUCAUUAUAAUAAUUAUCACUUAUAUUCUUGAUAAAAAUUUGUUUCGCUCACGAAGGGGGGAGUUAGACUCCUUAAUUUGCCAAAUUUUUUACAACCCAGACUUAAGCUUAAUUUUAAAUAAACUCAUCGGCUUUGGGACCUAUGAAAAAGAGUACCAAGAAAACUCAAAAAUCCACACAAUAAAAAUCCCUACAAGCUAUUUCCAAGGCAAAAACUCAUGCAGCUACCAGCAGAUUUUAAUAGACUUUUUAGAAAUGAAACCACCUAUAAUACCGCUAGCAGUGAUUUCUAGAAGAAAUACAACAGAUAUAUACACUCCCGGCGAAGUUUUGUAUAUAAAUCCUACACAUUCGACAACAAUUAGACCUUUGGAUUCUAUAAUUUGUAUUGGAGGAUCUUCUUUGGACUCAAGAAAAGAGUCUUUGAGAAGUGAUGGGUCAACAGGUCCAGAGUCAAUAGGUGUAAAAUCAAUUUCAAUAGAAUCAGAAAAGGCUGAUGAAAAUAAGGACGUAAUUAAUUUGCUAAUUGAAAGCUUGAAGCAUAGAUUGAACUCAGAUUGGUAUUUUAAGAACAAAAUUGAGUGGAAAGCAAUGAGCAUUCAUAAUUUACAAAAAGAAGUGGAAGAUCUGAAAUGUGAUUUGAUUGAGAAAGCUUAG